UCAAACACAGUUUUGUCCUCACGGCUCGCCGUAGUGGAAACUCCACGGCGCUGCAGUUGUUGUGAAGAAGUGGGCUCAGACACACGGAGGAGGGCCCUCCGCUAACACACAAACCGCAGGCAGAGCACAACAAGCUGCUGUCGUGACACUGUAAAUAGUGAGGCAUUAUGGGUAACACAAGUGACAGGGUGUCUGGAGAUCGCCAUGGAGGCAAGGCCCACCGCUCAGACAGCAGCGGGAGUCACAAAGACCAAGAGCACAGCAGCAAGAUGGUGGACAGCACAGACGACCCCAACAUCUUUAACACCCACGGACCCGAUUCCAAGGCAUCAGGAGAGAAAGAAUUCACCCCAGAUCUAGAUGACCUGGUUAAAACUGGCCCUCAGGCUCGACCCACUGUGAUCCGCUGGGCUGGAGGGGGGAAGGAGGUCUACAUAGCCGGCUCCUUCAAUAACUGGAGCACAAAAAUACCACUAAAUAAGAGCCACAAUGAUUUUGUAGCAAUUCUGGACCUGCCUGAAGGAGAGCACCAGUACAAGUUUUUUGUAGAUGGGCAGUGGGUCAAUGAUCCCUCAGAGCCAGUGGUAACCAGCCAGCUUGGCACCAUCAACAACCUGAUCCAGGUGAAGAAGUCAGACUUUGAGGUGUUUGACGCCCUACAGGUUGACUCUCUGGAGUGUUCCGACACAUCAGAUCUGUCCAGUUCCCCUCCGGGUCCAUAUGGGCAGGAGCAGUAUGUCUUCAGACCUGAGGAGCAUUUCAAAGCUCCACCGAUACUCCCGCCUCACCUGCUUCAAGUCAUUCUCAACAAGGACACCAAUAUAUCUUGUGACCCUGCCCUGCUGCCUGAACCCAACCAUGUCAUGCUAAACCACCUUUACGCUCUUUCAAUAAAGGACGGGGUAAUGGUGCUGAGUGCGACUCACAGAUACAAGAAGAAAUACGUCACUUCUCUGCUUUACAAGCCUAUUUAAACCUCAACUUGGGUGCUCCACAGUGCUUUUAGAGAGCAGCAUGUUUGUCUUCUGCUGUUUUUUUCUGUGUGUGUGUGCGUGUGUCAUCACAUUUAGCCAAAUCUUGCACUGACACAAGUUUACAGGUGAGCUGAAGGCCAGCGGCUGUGACUGAGGUUAGCGUUUUAAAGAGGUUGCACUUCUGACUACAUAGGGCUCUGAACAAAAGUAGUGAAGUGUGUGUGCCGGGUGUCUGAGAGAGACGACAACCAUACUGUGGCUUUUACCUGUGACAUUGACAGAUCGAUAAGAGACUGACUAAAUCACUGUGUGUAUUUAAGUGUUUGGUGCACCUUGUGAUUAUGUUCAUGUUGGUGUUAAAAAAUCUAUUUUUGGGGGAUGCACAUCCACGUCAUAUUUGACUCUGUACGGUAGAGGACCUGUGGGAUUUUAAGUGGUACCGAUGUGGAGCAACAGUUUGACUUUAAUACGUGUUGUGUUGUCAUAUCAUCUCUCAACUGAUUCAGUGAAGUUUUAAACUAAAUGAAUUGAAUGCAGAAUAACUUAAUCUGGCCUGUAUUUAGGGUGGAGGUGCUGAAGAGGGCACUGGACUUGCUUGAAUUUGAAGUGCAAUAAUGUGCUGUAAAAAAAAGGACUGAAUUUUGCCUGUUGGUAGACCCUGAAGCUUAAUGUCCUGUUCUUCAGUGAACAACACACCAUAUAGUGUUGACGUUACUUAUUACACAAGUUAAAGAGCCCAUAUUAUGCACAUUUAAAUUUUAUUUUGGGGCCUGAUCCUAUAUGUUUACAAACUUUAAUGUUCAAAUACUUUUUAUUUUUCAAACUGUACAUUGCUGCAGCACCUCGGGAGCUAAACACUCUGGUUUAGCUCCCGUCUCUUUAAGGCCCCCCUGCUGAAAAUCCCAGUCUGAUCUGACUGGUCUGAUAAAAGCAAGGUAAUGUUUGUGACUUGCCAUAACCCAAGAUCUCUGAGUACAGGGAUGCAUGACUGGCAGGAACAAUGAUAGUGAAGAAAUAAUAGCAGAAUGUGAGGCAGCUGGCCGUUUUCAUUCGUGUUUGAGGGCACGUGGUGAUGUAGAUAAGUAACAGAAGAAAAGCUCAGACCUCAAACUAAGCAUUUUUGGCGGGUAAAAAGCAGUGUUUUCUGUGGGAGGAUGAUAUUUCGAUUUGGCUUUGGGCUUAGCACGUUUGCAGACCAUUUACAUGCAGAAAAAUGCAGCUACACUUUACACAUAAGAAACCCCAAAUAGCACAAUAUGGGCUCUUCAAGUUUCUCACAGUAGUCGCCCAGUGGAAUCUGCCACAUGAACUGAACUACAAAUGAAGUAGUUUGUUUCAGUUUUGUUAAUGUGAUGGUCACGAUAGACGGAGUGCUGCUUCAACAGGGAAACUGGUGUUCUAAGCUCAGUGUUUAGUUCUGCUGUUGCCUUUAUCUUGAUGUAAGUAUGCGAGCACUUUACCGUUCUGUGAGCAGGAGUGUUGAUGUAAGCUUUUAACUAUGCAGCAGACAACUCUGGUACUGUAGCUUCUCUGGACUACAGGCUCUAAUUUACACUGCAUUUUUUUUUUUUUUUUUUUUAAAGAUUUGAUGAACUUGCUGUGCUUCUUGUGUGUGCAUCUGUACUGAGUUCUACUGAUCAAACAGAAAUGUACUGUAUUUAUCUGUCAUGUAUAUAGUUAUAUACAGAGGCCUGUACACUUAAAGAGUUUCAACUUGCUGCUUUGCAUGCACUGAAUGUCUGCAGCUUGUGACGAAAUAUGGACGCAUUUACAGAAUGUAGUUAUGCAUUUAGAAGAUGACAGACAGCACACACCUCAGAAAGUGAUCAGAGGCACAUUACCAGAUGAAUUAUAGGGCUAUGAGGGCGAACAGCUGCCAUGAAUUUAAAUGUUGUACAAAGUUUGCUCACGUGUGUAUCCAUAAAAACCAUUCUGUAUUUUUUUGGUGUGGUGGCUUUAAGUUGUUGUUGUCACUUGAAAGCCGUGCUGUUGCGUUGUCUUCACGUACAGGACAGUAUAUGCUCACAGUUGAUGCACUCUACAGGCAUAAAAAGGGGCUUUCAUUAAUCCUGUUGGUGUUCAACUAGACACACUGAAAGUAUUUUGCGAAUGUUGAGCCUUGCCGUUUUGUCCAAAGAGUUUUUAAAACAUACAGAAACGAUAAGGGAUUAUGGACAUUAAAAGUCUCACAAGCAUGGAGUUUUAAGACUAAAACCAAAACUUGAAUUUUACAGCGGUUUCGUGAAUGUUUUAAAAUGCUUUGCAGAAGCAGUGUGAAGAUUCACUGUACAAGGUUUUACUUGUUUGCAAAUAAAGAGAGGACGUGUUGGUCCUAA